AGGCAAGUGUGUGAAUGUAUUGCAGAAAUUUGUAUAGGUAGCGCGUCGGUGUUGAACGUGACGUUAAGUUUUUCAUCAGUGUUUGACUGGCCGAACCGCUGGACCGGUGUGAAAUAAAGUUCGUUCGAGCGUAUUAGAAGCGUGAGAAUAAAAUGUCGUCCAGCGAUAUUAGCAUGCUGGUCGAUAUGGGUUUCAGCGAGUCUAAAGCAGAAACAGCUUUGGAGAUCACUGGGAAUAAAGGAGUCGUCCCGGCAAUGGAAUGGCUCUUGGCUCAUUCAGACGAUGCGGAGCCGUCGCCUGAACCGAUUAUCGCCGAAACUGCACCAGAAUCUGUUCAAACACCGGCUCAAGAAGAUAAUGCUGAUGCCGGUGGUCAAGUGUCCACUACAGAAGUCGCUAAAUCUAUGAAAUGCGAUGUCUGUGGGAAACUAUUCAAAUCUAAUUUGGAAGUCGAGUUUCAUGCCACGAAAUCUGGGCACGACAAAUUCUCUGAGAGUACAGAGGAGAAGAAACCUCUUUCGGAAGAUGAGAAGAGAGAGCAACUGCGAAUAUUGACAGAAAAGUUGAGACAAAAGAAGAUGCAGAGGGAAGAAGAGGAAAAGAAAGAUGCCCAGGAAAGGGAAAAGAAUAGAAUAAAAUCAGGGAAAGAAAUGGCUCAAGCUAAAAGGAAAUUGGAGGAGUUAGAAAUGAAAAAAGUCCUGGAGGAAAGGAAACGCGAGAAAGAGGAGGAGAGAUUAGCGCGGCAGAGGGUUAAAGAACAAAUUGAAGCUGAUAGGGCUGCCAGACGUGCUAAGGCUAAUGCCGACAAACCAAUUGAACCUACUCCGCUGCCUCCUACACCUUCGUCUUCUACUCCUUCCCAGAGAAAGGAAUAUAACGAUACAAAGUUACAAAUUAGGCUUACCAAUGGACAAGCGUUAACACAAAACUUUGGUAGUAAAGAACGAUUGUCUGCCGUGCGGGUGUUUGUAGAAGUUAACAGGACAGACGAGCCAGGACCAUUUAAUCUAAUGACAACCUUUCCGAAGAGAAUCUUCACGGACGAAGAUUACGAGGCUCCGUUAAAUGCUCUAGGCCUAGUACCGUCUGCGGUUCUGAUUGUUCAGAAGAAAUAAUACUCGCAGCACAAUCAGUGAUACAUCUAUAAUAUGCCAUUGUACAAUAUUUUAUAAGUUGUUUACGAAAAAAAACAUUUCUUUAUAAUUAAACAUUCUCCAACUGUAAUUAACACGGAUAAAAGGACGAAAUACAUGUUUCAAAGUACUGGAAAA